AUGGCUCCGCGCAUCGUCGUCCUCGGGUCCCUCAACAUGGACCUCGUGUCCUACGUGCCGCACCACCCUCUGCCGGGGGAGACGCUGACGGCGAGCCACUUUGCCACGUCCCCCGGCGGCAAGGGCGCGAACCAGGCCGUCGCGUGCGGGAAGCUGUCGCGUUCCUCGUCGUCGUCGCUCGACGCCGUCGCCGAGGUGGCCAUGAUUGGCGCCGUCGGGGCCGACGCAUUCGGCACGCAGCUCCGCGACAGCCUGCGCGCGUACGGCGUCAACGUCGACGGCGUGCGCGUGCUCGACAACGCGCGCAGCGGCAUCGCCCUCAUCGUCGUCGACGAGCCCUCGGGCCAGAACCGCAUCAUCCUCUCGCCCGAGGCCAACCACGCCCUCCGCCCGGAGCACUUUGCCCAGAUCCCCGGACCCCGCCCCGACUUGCUCAUCAUGCAGCUCGAGAUCCCGUUCGACACCGUCAUGCAGGCCCUCGAGGCCGCCCGCCGCGCCGACGUGCCCGUCCUGCUCAACCCCGCCCCCGCCCGGGAGCUCCCGCCCGCCGCCUACAAGGACCUCGCCCACCUCGUCGUCAACGAGACCGAGGCCGCCAUCCUGUCCGGCGCCCAAGAGUCCGACCUCGACGACGUAGAGGGCCUCAAGCGUGUCGGCGCCAUCUUUCUCGAGAGAGGCGUGCACAAUGUCAUUAUUACGCUGGGCGGUCGUGGCGUAUACUACGCAACGCGAGAUGGAAAGAGUGCGCUGGUCGACGCGCUCAAGGCUACUGUCGUAGAUACCACCGCCGCCGGCGACACCUUUGUUGGAUCCUACGCCCUGGCCGUUGUCAACUCUACAGGCGCUUUCGAUAUUGAUACUGCCAUUCGAGAUUCUAACAAAGCUUCCGCCAUCACCGUCUCCAGACGAGGAGCUCAAGUAUCCAUCCCUUGGAGGAACGAGCUGCAAUAA